ACUUGUUUGUUGUGAGUAAAUGCCGCGAUAGGUCCGCUGCUGUGGAGCUCCAUCAGGAAGCGGCGGAGUUUGUUUAAAUAAAGCAAACACCCCAGCAUCGAUAUUAGGAGCACCUAAUCUCAAUGUAAGUAUCAUCAACAGGACGAGUGUAGGUAAGUGCUUUAUACAAAGCUUAAACUAACAGUUUGAUACACUGUGGCACUGAGUGAACCCAUGAAUGUCCCGAAUCGAUCUGGUAACACAGUAACACACGAGAGAUGUAGGCGGUGCAACGGUAACGGACAGGAAAACGAAACUCUGCGCCGAUUAUCAGUGCAGGCGUUAACGGGUGUGCGUCUCGUUUGGCUUGAAUCACAUUGUGUUGCAGUUAUGACUGUAAACACACAGUACGACACGCGUCUGCGUCGAGUUUCCUCCGCGUUAUAGUUACAAAAGGCAAUCAUAAUGGCACACGGGUCUCCUGACGGCUCUUUGGAGUCAGAGCUCACCUGUCCCAUCUGUCUCCAUCUCUUUCUCGACCCCGUCACACUUCCCUGCGCUCACAGUUUCUGCCUAAUUUGUCUGGAAACACCAGAGAGGGAUAAAAAUUCUGGAUUUGAUCAAGUACUUUGCUGCCCAGUAUGUGGACAGGAACAUCUCAGCCCAGAAUCCCUCCCGAGAAACAUCAAACUAAAACAGAUAGUUGAGAACUACAAAGCCAACAGCGUCAGUGUGGUUCAAUCCAUUGCAGAAGACAAAAUAAUCAAUGACCAACCGUCUUCAGAAGACGCUGAUGUGUGCACAUCAACAGAUUCUGAGAAAGUAGAGACUGAAACCAGUGAACGAAAGUCUAGACUGAAUCCCAUCAUAACUAAUCUUCAAGAAAAGCUCACUUUAGUAGAUAAUCAGGUGAAUAAAGAAACGGCCAGAGAGGCUGUGCUUUCAGAGACGCAUGCAGAUCUGAGGAAAGAUGUGAGCAGCGUAUUGGAGGAGAUGACAGAGCUGGUGAAGACCUACCGUGCAACUGUGUUGAAGCUUCUAGAGGCCGAGUUGAAACCCAGAGAAGAUGCUGUUGAGAAAAGAGUGCGAAUGCUGACAGACCUCCAGAAGCAACUGAGAGCAGCUGAACUUCAAGUCAACACGUUAAUGGAUGAGACGGAUGAUUCGUGUUUUAGCGACGGAGUCCGAGACAUCGAGAACCAGCUUACCAGCUUGUCCGUGGAGCCUCUGCAGGACGCCUCAAGCGAUCUGGAAUUGUCCAACAAUUUGAAGAAAGUCUGUGAGAAGAUCGAGAACCAAAAUACCCAACUCCGUCUCGGACUCGGAUCCGCUCAACGGUCUCUACGUGUCGUUCUCAACCCUUCCGAGGUGACGUUCAACCCCGAAACCAUCCAUCCCAACCUGGUUUUAUCCGAAGACCUCAAAACGGUGUCGUUCAGCGUAGCCAAACAGCCGUAUCCAGCCAGUUCUCAGAGGUUCACCAGUUUCUUCCAGGCUUUGAGCUCCCAGAACUUCGUCCGAGGAGAACACCUCUGGAACUUUCAGGCUGAAGGUUGUUCUUGGGUUCUGGCCGUGUGUUACGGCGACCUGCCCAGAUCUGGUUCUGGUAGCGGUCUGGAGAGCAGCGCUGGAUCCUGGUGCCUCAUGUACUGUGAUAACCUUCUGAGGGCGUAUGAGAAAGGAAAGGACACACCGCUUAGACGUACACCAUCUCUGAAGAGAAUGGAGAUACGUCUCAGCUUUAGUACUGGCACUUUAGCGUUUUACAGUAUUAGUGAUGUGAGUGGGGAUAAAACUCAUCUGCACACUUUUGAAGUCAGCUUUACGCACCCGGUGUAUCUGGCUGUAAGGAUGAUGUCUGGUCAGCCCAAAGCACACAUAACUGUCAACUAGUGGCUUCAAACAAACGCUUUACUACACUGUUGACUUUAGGUGUGGUGAGCAGCAUAUUUAAUUUGACUCUGCAAACUUCACUGGGAGAUUAAAGUGGCCACUAGAGAAAAUCACUUGUUUCUUCGCUGCUUUAACCUUAUUCAACCAACUGCUAAAAUUUUCUUAAACCUUAUUCAUUCAUACUUAUCCUGUUGUCAUGAUGUUAUGAUGCAAUAUGUCUUUAAUGCUCACUUAUGCUGCAUCAUUCUGCACUAGAUUGCCACAUGCAUUCACUGCAUUGCACUGCAUUCUUUGCAGUACUGUGUUAGGUAUGUGAUAUUGCAUUUGAGCAUGUGGCAUUUGUUUAACUUUAAGAAUACACUUCUAAUUCUGUUCUAAUGCUGUGCUUUUGUUUGAACGUGUUUAUUAAUACUUGCUUCUGUCUAAAUUUAAAUAAACAGCAUUUACCAUUUUUUAGAU